UCUGCUGUGGACCACCCAUUUCCAUCCUGUGCUCAGCAAUGCCCGUUUCUGGUGCAACUGGAUCCUCUGAGGAAUCACUCUGGAGCUCCAGGCCAGCCUGCAGGGUAAGGUAAGGUGAUAGAGCCUUGGUGCUGCUUCCUCCUGCAUCAGGGAGCCCUCCCAGCUACUGCACAGCUCCUGUUCCCAGUAAGAAAUGGAGUCCAAGGUCUCCGAAGGUGGCCUAAAUGUCACCCUCACCAUCCGGCUGCUGAUGCAUGGCAAGGAAGUUGGCAGCAUCAUUGGAAAGAAAGGAGAGACUGUGAAGAAAAUGCGUGAGGAGAGCGGGGCAAGGAUCAACAUCUCGGAGGGGAAUUGCCCUGAGCGAAUUGUGACCAUCACUGGCCCCACCGAUGCCAUCUUCAAGGCUUUCGCCAUGAUUGCCUACAAAUUUGAAGAGGACAUAACCAACUCAAUGAGCAACAGCACUGCUACCAGCAAACCUCCAGUGACACUGAGACUGGUUGUGCCAGCUAGUCAGUGCGGUUCACUGAUCGGCAAAGGAGGCUCCAAGAUCAAGGAAAUCAGGGAGUCCACAGGUGCUCAGGUUCAAGUGGCGGGGGACAUGCUGCCCAACUCCACGGAGCGGGCGGUGACAAUCUCGGGGACACCCGACGCUAUAAUCCAGUGUGUCAAACAGAUCUGUGUGGUGAUGCUGGAGUCCCCACCAAAAGGUGCCACCAUUCCCUACCGCCCAAAGCCCGCCUCCACCCCUGUCAUUUUUGCAGGUGGUCAGGCCUAUACAAUUCAGGGACAAUAUGCUAUUCCACACCCGGAUCAGUUGACCAAGCUCCACCAGUUGGCUAUGCAGCAAACCCCCUUUACUCCCCUUGGACAGACCACCCCCGCUUUCCCUGGAGAAAAGCUGCCCUUACAUUCCUCCGAAGAAGCUCAAAAUCUGAUGGGCCAAUCAUCAGGUUUGGAUGCCAGUCCCCCGGCCAGUACUCAUGAACUCACCAUUCCCAAUGAUCUAAUAGGCUGCAUCAUCGGACGCCAAGGGACCAAAAUCAAUGAGAUUCGGCAGAUGUCGGGAGCGCAGAUCAAAAUCGCCAACGCCACGGAAGGCUCAUCGGAGCGCCAAAUCACCAUCACAGGGACCCCUGCAAACAUCAGCCUCGCGCAGUACCUCAUCAACGCCAGGCUGACGUCUGAGGUCACUGGAAUGGGCGCACUCUAAUUUCCACCCACCAUCCUCCACUCCGCACCACCCGACCCUCUCCAGCCACCGACACCCAGCCUGUACUGCCUGUACAUUUACCCCUUUGCCUCCACACGUGCUCUUUUCUUUACUAACGACUCUAAACAGACGUCUCAUUACACAUAUGCACACAACGGGAAGGUUUCUUUACGAGCUCCUUACUGUGCUCCCGAGGCUGCUCCCAAACUCUUUGGUUAUGGUCCUUGUUUGCAGCGUACGAUGUUAUUGCUUCAGCUGCUUUGAUUUUUUUUUUUUUUUGGGGGGGGGGGGGAAUAGGGGUUUUCUUCCUGCUGGUGAGACUUCAGGAGAUGAUGGGGUCUCUAGUGUCAAUCUAGCAUAGUAGCUACUUACACAUUUGAGUUGAUGUUGGCGGUGCUUGCUGUAGCCUAUGGACCUGUGACGCCACCCAGAGCUGUGCGUGCUUCAGAGUACUUACUUCUUCUCACCAUUCUUCCUUUGAUGCUCCCUCUUCAUUUGCUUUGCUUGUCCUGGCUCACCUUUGCCACCUUGCAUCCCUGCCCUCAGGGUAAGGUGUGGUUUUCCCCCUCUGGGAUGCAGAGCACGGAUGCAGGAGCCAAGGCAAUGCACAACCCACAGUGCAACAUGGCAGGGUCCAGACAAGCCGUUUUUCCUACUAAAUGAAGGGGAUCACACCCACCCCUCCACAGAAUGAUCCUCUUUUUUAACUAACAAAGCAACUGGAAGUGGGAAGAACUCAGCCGUCCAGGAUUCACACCCCCAGGGGCAUUUGAAAGCACUCUUUUAACAACCCCCAUAGAGCAACCCCCUUGGACGAUAGCUCAGGAAGCUCUGUAAGCUGGCUGUGUUUGUCAUUUGUGUUCAAUAAAUGUCUGUGCAGCUCUGCUA